CUCGCGCCUGCCAUUUAAGCCGAAGCUAUAGCUUGAGCUAUUUACAUCGUCCUUUACCCAGCUUCCAACAAAAUGGCCCGCACCAAGCAGACCGCUCGCAAGUCCACCGGUGGCAAGGCGCCCCGCAAGCAGCUGGCCACCAAGGCCGCUCGUAAGACCCCCGCCACCGGCGGUGUGAAGAAGCCUCAUCGCUACCGCCCCGGUACCGUGGCGCUGCGUGAGAUUCGCAAGUACCAGAAGUCGACUGAGCUGCUCAUCCGCAAGCUGCCGUUCCAGCGCCUGGUCCGUGAGAUUGCCCAGGACUUCAAGACCGACCUGCGCUUCCAGAGCCAGGCCGUGCUGGCGCUGCAGGAGGCCGCUGAGGCCUACCUGGUGGGCCUCUUCGAGGACACCAACCUGUGCGCCAUCCACGCCAAGCGUGUGACCAUCAUGCCCAAGGACAUCCAGCUGGCCCGCCGCAUCCGUGGCGAGCGCGCCUAAGUGUCCCGGCACCUGCGCUGCUAGCUGACGUCUCCCCGUUGUUUCGGGCGUGACAGCAGCGUGCGGCGUAACCCAAAAAAACUCGGUGUUUCUCAACACCACCUUAUCCUCGUGGUCUUGGGAGGGGCGGGCCGGGGUUGGCUGCGUCUCGUGGCGCCUGCAGGCAGCUACACAGUACAGUUAAGUGUUCCCCAGCACCAGAGAUAUUGUCAGGAAUUUGAAAACCCGAGGGGAGAGGUAACGAGCCUGGCUGCAGGAGGAGCCGCCCUUCACGAACAAUGACGACUGCCUUCCGGUGUGCACGGUAGUUGGUGGACCGGGGAUUUGUGAAGCCGCCGUGAAUGUAACUUCCCACCACA